AUGCCUGAGCAAUUUCUCACUCCAUUCGUCACUCCAGACCAGAAGAGGAGCUUCCCAAAAGCCGUGACUGAGGCCUUUUUUCGGAGCUCAAAACUUAGAGCUAAAGUCAAGCAACUAAGACGGGCUUUGUCUGUCAAAAAGAAAUCAGUUGACCUUUCCUGUUAUUCACCUAUUAUUUCUAAGAGCGGAGAUUGCCAUGGUAGUUAUUAUCUGCAAGCAUCCACACUUGCCUUAACACAAUCAACUUCCGGUCAGAGAGAGUCAUCAGCGGAAACUGUAAACCGUCUUGAAAGUGCGAUGAAAUCGCUGUCAACCACUGAUCUGACUGUAACCUUUGACAAAGUGGCAGUCGACGCGGACAUUUACACGCAGAAGUAUAACAAGUUGCAGGGGAUAAACUUGAGAAAGCAAUGCCAUUCCUUUCAGCAUGACAGUACCGCCACAUGUGUUGUUGAGCUCUUCCCAGACGAAAACAUCUGUGAAGACAUAAGUUCCAAACAGACAUCGAAUGUUAAGGAAAUCCUUGCCGAACCCGCUCUAUCGAAGCCUGCUGUCCGUCCAUCUGCUACACUGAAAAGGGAUCUCUAUUCAGAUGUCACAAAGUUUAAGCAUCUAGACAGCCACGCAAUACAGGUGGCCAGGCAUCACUACACUGACAGCAGCAAGCUGGUGAGAGACUUGACGGAAAAUUGCAAAACUGAACUAGACAAAGCAAGAGUUCUCUUCAAAUGGAUGAUUGCCAUGGAGCAGAAAAAUGCAAGUAAAAAACCACAGGGUGGUCCAAACGUCAUCGGACAUGGAGGGGUUCAAUGUCAGAUACUUUUCAACAAUCUCUGCAGACAAGCAGGAAUGCAUUCAGAAAUCAUCGUGGGAUACUCAAAAGGGGCCGGUCAUAAACCCGGCAUGCCCCUUGAUCACAAGUCACACAGGAAUUCCUGGAACGCUGUUGCUGUUGACGGUACGUGGAGGUUCGUCAAUUGCACGUGGGCCGCUCGUCACAUGACAGGAAGUGAAAAGAGUUCAUCUCGGCUUCUACACAAAUAUGACGAGUUCUAUUUUCUCACUGACCCCGAGGAACACAUUUAUCAGCAUUUUCCUGAUGACCCAAAGUGGCAGCUUCUCGAUAAGACACUGAGUUUUGAGGAAUUCACCAACUUGCCGUCUGUGAAGUCACCAUAUUUCAAGCAUGGCCUGCAGUUUUCUUAUGUCACACCCUCCCUACUGAAAACGGAAAAUAAUUCCGUUGAAAUAAACCUAGAUGCAUUAGAACAUUUGAAAUUCGAAUCACGACUGGAAAUGUGCGAGUCACCGCUUGAACAGGUUACAAACCAUGUGCUUCAGCGCCGUGUUGGGAGUCAGAUUAUUUUGACAGUUGUGCCACCACAGCCGGGAUCUUACUACCUGUCCGUGUACGCCGGGGAUAGCUGCACAUCUGAUGUGUUGGAGUGUGUCUUCUGCCUUCGUAUUCUGCACGCUCCAGUUUGUGUGUAUGCGGAGUCACCUAAAUCUAUUACUUACCCACCCGUGUCAACACUGGGAUCAACUUCACUGAUGUCCACACUGGGUGUGUCCACAAACUCACACCACGACCCUCUAGUCAAUAUGGUUAACAACACCAUUCGAAUUGACUUUAACGUCAGGGACGAUAUAAAGUUCACGCAUACGCUUCAGUUCUAUGACAGUGAUAGCGACUCCCUCUUGGACAUUGACAGGUACGCCUUUCCUACAAUCAGGACACACUCUGAGCUGUCGUACUCCGUGGCUUGUCCCAGAAAAGGCUCUUACAUCUUUAGUCUGUACGGAGCCACCAGAGACUCCAACACGUAUGACUGUCUAUUCCAAUACCUACUCGUGUGCUCUUCAGAUAACCUCAGUUAUUUGAGCUUCCCCAAAUCUUACAACAGUUGGCGUGACAGCUCAUUGUUAUCCCCUUUGCACGGAGAACUUGUACAGGACACGGAAUACACAUUCGGCGUGAGUGUGAAGAAAGCUUUAAAGGUCUUCGUUGUAAUCGGUUUGGAGAAAUAUCCAUUACAGAAGGUGGAGGACAGCGAGUGGUUUGGAAAAGUUUUAACAGGAGAUGCUUCGCCCAUUGCCACUGUCAUAGCCGAAUAUAUGUCUGAGACUGGAAAUCCCUUUUUCACACGACUGUUGGAAUAUGAUAUCCUCUAA